AGUGGGGACACCCUGCUGCAUCUUGCCGCGCGCACGCCUGCCGUCAGCCUGCUUAAGAAGCUACUAGACCGCCCGCGCGCAGCUCUGCUGUGCAAUGACGAUGGACAAACAGCAUUGCACGUGGCAGCACGAGCAGGUGCGGGCACCAGUGUCAUAGAACUGCUCGUGGCUGCCGCAAAUGAGGUCUCGGGGGCUCGCGGCAAUGGUGUUAACAUUUCAGAUCGCUGGGGCCGCACACCGCUACACUGGGCGGUCCAGAAUGGGCACCUGAUUAGUGUACAGGCGCUUCUGCAACAUGGCGCUCAGGCUCGGGCGGAGGAUGCACAGGGUGAAACGCCUUUGGCCAUUGCGGAGCGCCGGGCACAAUGUCGAGCUCAGCGG